ACUCAACUACUCUCUCCAUUGCUACCAGCAUCAGUGCUGCACGCGAAUGUUGACGUUGAUGAAGUUGUUGGGGCUGAGAGGAACGAGAAUAAGAAUUUCAACAGGACAAAUGUACUCGAAAGAACUUUUUACGAAAACGUCGGUGUCAGUGAUUGCAUCGUUGCAGAUGGUUCCAUUGUUGAUCAGGCGAACAUUUGUUGUGAAGAUCAGAUUGGUGUUGUUGGAGCUGAUGUUGUUGGCUCCUAUGAUGUGGAUGCUGGAGUCCUAAAGAUGAAAAAUGAUGGAGAGACUGAUGCAGUAUCAGAUGUUGGCAACAGUAACUGCAGUAGUCAUUUCAAUAGCUGUUCCGACGGCAAUGCACCAACGCCUGAAAAUUGUACAAUUAACGAAGACAAGAUUCCUAAUGAGAAAAUUAUUGGUGGCAAUACUACUACUACUACCACUACCACUACUACUACUACUACUACUAAUAAUAAUAAUAAUAAUAAUAAUAAUAAUAAUAAUAAUAAUAAUAAUAAUGGUGACAAAAGUAAAGACAAUAAUAAGAAUGAUGAAGAUGGUAGUUACCAUGAAGAGAAAAAAGGCGCUAAGGAACAUGAUGAUGACGAGCUGAUGAACUUCCCUGAAGGAUUGUUAUUUGCUGAUUUUGAACAGGUGCCUAAGAAGCGCCUCAAAAGUGACUGCACCACAGCAGCCCUGGAACGCAACCGCCACAGAAAUCGCUUCCCAUAUGUUUUACCGUACGAAGACAACCGAGUCUUCCUACCUGUUCGUCCCGACAAUACCGACGGUUACAUCAACGCUAGUCGAAUAUUCAUUGACGUCGGUAACGAGUCUGUCAGAUUCAUCGCAGCACAAGCUCCUAUGCAGGAUACAGUUUUCGAUUUUUGGGAGAUGGUUUGGGAAGAGGAAUGUUCGGUCAUCGUCAUGAUGCUCCCACCUACUGCAGACUCUUCUUCCACUUCACCAGCUGCUGCUCCAUCUACCAAUCCACUCAUCACCGAUCCAAACAAAUGUUUUUCGUACUUGCCCUACGACGACACGCAACUUGAGAUGACGUUCGGAUAUUAUAAGGUUAAAGUUGUUUCGGGUCCGUCACGUUCCAAUUCAUACGCUACGCGACUGCUGAAAGUUACGCGAGAGGUGCGCCAUCUCUACCACCUCCAGUAUUUGGAUUGGCCUCAAAAGGGAUGCCCUGCCAAUCUGAAUGGCUACCUAGAAUUCAUCGAUGCUGUGGACAGCCUAACGAGGCAUUCAUCACUCUCCAGCGAUAGCCACCACCAACACCAGUCCACGUGUCUCGUUCAUUGCAGUGCCGGAGUUGGUAGGUCGGGAGCCGUCAUUCUGACCUCCCUGGCCAAGAAGAUGGUGGAGCAGAAUUUGAAGAUGAAUCUGCCAGAUCUGUUGAGAAUUUUGAGGGACAAGAGGAUGCACUUGGUACAAACAGUUACGCAGUAUGCAUUCGCGAAGAGAGCUCUGAAUGCCUAUGUUAAAUCUUCUAGGCUCAUCUGAAUUUUAUUCUUAAAAAUCCUGUUUGUUUCAUACGCAACAUUUACUAUAUCAGUUCAAUUAUUUUAUAUUUUGUACGCUAUCUUACCUUCUUUUGAAUGUUACCCAAAUUAUGCAGUCAGCAACGUCGCAAGUUUGAAAAUUUUUUCACCAAUUAAGUAAUGUUUCCUUUAUUAAUAUAGUUUAAUAUAUACAUCGAGUGCUUUAUUUCGUUGUUGAUUUAGACAGUUUUAUUAAUAUGUAUAUAAUUUUGGUUGAAAUAAUACGAAAAAUAAUGAUAUUACGAUCAAUUUGUUACCAUCCUUAGCUAACUGAAUUACUGAUGAAUUUGUAUUAUAUAUCUUAUUUUUAUCAUGAACGUUUUCGUUUUUCGUUUGAAGGUUUUGUUAAGUUUUCAACUUUUUAUACCAUGCAUCAACUUAUUUACUGCCAAUGAAUUUAACUGUACUACAUACAAAGUGAUGCGAUACUGUGUUAAACUAACUUACACACACACACACACACACACACAUAUAUAUAUAUAUAUAUAUAUAUAUAUUAAUAACUCCGUUAACUUUUGUUUAUAAAUGAUCACCGUCAAUCCUCUCAUCAAUCAAAACAUUUCUACAAGAAUUAUUAUUAUUGUUGUUGUCGUUGUUGCAAUUAAGACACUAAACAUAGUAUUACAUUUUUACUCUUUAUUUGAUAUAUUCUAUUGAUAUUUUUGUAAAUUUUUAUUUUAAACAAAUUUUUAAAGUCUUAUGUAGCAUGAAAAUUGUUGAAUAUCUUUCUCUUGUACUGUU